UUCACACUUAGAUCUUUCGUAACCCAUAAACACAAAAAAAAAAAUUCAAUCAAAACCUUCAGAAGAGACCCAUUUCCCGAAAAGGAAAAAACAAAUUUUGAGUAACAAAAAGAACGAAAAAACAGAUUUUGGAAACAACCAUGGAGAUUUCAUCUAUAACCCUAUCCAUCCCAAGACCCCCUCCUUAUCUCCCUCUCUCCUCAUCCCAAUCCUCCUUUCUCACCAACAAUGUAACCUGCACCAGUUUAUUAAACAGAAACAAGGCCAUUAAUGGUGCUUUUCAAAUCAGAACCAGACCCAGAACUCAGCGAGCCAAGAAGGGCUUUACUUGCAACGCUUUGUUUGGUCUUGGUGUUCCGGAGCUCGUCGUUAUUGCUGGAGUUGCUGCCUUGGUUUUUGGACCCAAGAAGUUACCUGAAGUCGGGAAGAGUAUUGGGAAGACGGUUAAGAGCUUCCAACAGGCAGCAAAAGAAUUUGAGUCUGAGCUUAAGAAAGAACCAGAUUCGAUUGAGCCUCCGGUGGACAAACCUACUGCUGUGAGUGAGGAGGAGAAACAGGAUGUCAAGGUCUCUAGUUCAAAAGAAAGUGUAUGAGAUUGUAAUAUUCUAGUAAUACUAUCGCUUGGAGUUUUGUCUCAUUUUUGGCACACUUUCACUUGAUUAAAUUUAGAACUAGUUAUAUACA